GAGCUCUGGAGGGCGCCGCGUCUGAAGUUCUUCGGCUCGAAUCGUCCCGUUCUCGGCUCUUUCGCUGUUGUCGCUGUCCAGCACUGAGCGUUCAGCACCGCGAGCGGAGGACAGCUCCCGACCCUCAGAGGAAAACACAGCAGACUACCGCAGAACCGCUUCAGCCAGCCUCAUCUACAUCCACACGACCAACCGGGUAAAACUGCCGUGUAUUGCCGUGUGUUCCUCCCAGAAGACCUUACACAGCCAACCUGGAAACCAGCCUGAAGGAGGAAGACUGAGAAUUAUGUGAAGAGAGAAAAAUUACAGGAAACGGAUGAAGAUGGAGGUGCUUCAGAGUGCCGUGGCCAUGUACGAUGGGGCGAGGGUUCCCUCCCCUGAGGACGCCACUAACGGGGUCCCGCUCCAGCCUGAGACCCCCGCGGCCACACGUCCCAAAGCUAACGAAGAGCCGGAGGAAGGAGAGGGUGUGCCGCCUGAGCCCGUCCUGGUAAAGAAGGCUCACCGUGAGAUUCUGGACCAUGAGAGGAAGAGGAGGGUGGAGCUGAAAUGCAUGGAGCUACAAGAAAUGAUGGAGGAACAGGGAUAUUCCGAAGAAGAAAUCCGGCAGAAGGUUGAAACGUUUCGGCAGAUGCUGAUGGAGAAAGAGGGUGUGAUAACUCGAGAAGGCUUGCACCCGCGUCCACCGGUCAGGCUGCUUCCUCACGAGGAUGAAGAUCAUGUGGAAAACGCUCCGUACAUUGACGGCUAUGAGGAACACUACAACUGGGAUGGAGAAUAUUACGAGCAAGAGACAACUGCCUACGAUGACUCCAGAUCCAAAAGGAAAUCCAGCAGUUCGCCUUCCCCUCGGCCAAAGAAGAGGAAAAAGAAGAAGGCAAGAAGACACAGUCGAGCUGACAGUCCUUCUCCCACCCGCAGAGACAAGAGGAAGAAAAGCGGAAAGAAACACAAAAGAGACAGGUCCACAUCUGGCUCAAGGAGGAAGAGGAGACACAGAUCUGGUAGCCCCAAAAUCAAACACAAAGACAAGAACAAACAGAAGAAGAGGUGUUCAGUCGAAUCUCCCAGCAGGAGUUCUCAGCACAGAGGCAGCUGCUGUAGUUCCCGCAGUGGCUCCGUCUCCUCCACCGCCAGCCUCUCCAAAUCACCCAGCAGAUCAAAUGCAAAGUGCAAGAACGACAGGCACAAACAGGAAGGAAGUCACACCGCCCACAGCCCACCGCUGUCCCCCAGCGCUGACCAGCCAAUCACGUGGCAGAACGGGAACCACAGCGUCCGUGUCCGCAAUGGCAAAGACUCUGGAGCCAAUCACACGGAGGCGAAUAAAGCGAACGAUAAGCUUCGAUCUCUGGCUCCGUCUCCCUCGAGCGCUCAGACGCACGCGUCGCCUCAUCUGAGAGGCGCUAAACAUCACUCCGGCCUUCCCAAGAGCCCCGCAGGACCCGCGGCCCAGACGGGAGAGGACGGCUGUGGAGACGACAGACCGGCGACGGGCAAACCGCUCUCAGAGUCAUCAGGGAGACGCAGCGGGAGGCCGAGGGUUCGAGAGAAGACGUCUCGCUCGCCGGCGCACAGCAGCGACUCCCAGCAUGAGCCGCACGCUAAAGCCAAGAAUCAGAAGAAAACGAAAGGCUCUCAUUCGUCUAAGCGGCACCAUCGCGGACGCGCUCAAAACCGCCACCGGAGUUCCUCUGUGUCGCCGGGCCGGCACAAACACACGUCCAAGAAGAAGAAGAGCAAAAGUCACGGGACGGCCCGGCAGCGGAGCAGCUCCUGGAGCAGCGGGAGGUCGUCGUCACGAGCUCAUUCUAGAGAAUGCGGAUCCAGCAAGAACAAAUCCCCACACGCCCGCCAGAACAACUCAAGGGAGAGAGACAGCCCUCAUCACUCGGAUGCGGAAAGAGCUCGCCGCCGCUCACGCAGUUAUUCUCCCAUCCGGAAGAGACGGAGAGACUCGCCCAGCUUUAUGGAAGCUCGCAGGAUCACCAGCGCACGAAAGCGGCCCAUCCCAUACUACCGACCGAGCCCGUCCUCUUCCAGCUCCGCGAGCAGCUACAGCAGUUCUAGUCGCAGUCGCAGCCGCAGCUACAGCAGUUACAGCAGCCGCAGUCGCAGCCGCAGCAGGAGCCGCUCCAGGAGCCCGAGCCCCGCGCACAGUUACUACAGCCAAAGCAGCUACGAGAGCCCCGGAUUCUGAGAGCGACUGAAGGUACGGAGGGGGAAAGUCAAAGACCAGGAGACUAAGAACAUCUCAACUGUGCAGGACACCUUUCUACCGCAGGAUCUGUGCUGAAGAAAAUCACUAUAUGACGUGCGGAAAAAAUGCAGCGGGUAUCAGGGUUUCCGGCUGACAGGACGGUCCAUAAAAUGUUGAGGUGGAGUAACACUGGAAAGAUUUAAAACUGAACAAAAAUAAUACGUUAAAGGUGAAGAGGGUAUUUUUUUUUUUUUUUUUUUUUUUUAGCAUUUCUGUGUUGUUUUCCAGUACCAAAACAUUCUUAAAUACAUUUACUUGAGAAGGUCAAAUGAAAUAAAUAUGAAA